AUGUCGAGCAAGUACGCAUUCACAAAGGCCCUCAAGGAGGUGCGCUUCCUUUUCUGCCAGACGGGCGAGCACAGCGCCGCGACCCGCAACUUCGUCGCAAGAGCCUACCCCACGAUGAAGAAGAACAACCCCCAGACUCCCAUCCUCAUCCGCGAGGCCGCCGGCACACUACCCAAGAUCUACGCGAGAUACGAAUUCGGCGUUGAAAAGAGCCAGUCGCUGGAAGGCCUGUCGGACAAGCAGAUCGAGGACACAGUUACGACCCUGGUGAAGAACGGCGCAUAA